UACUCCCGCAGCGCGAUCAUGCCGGUCGCCGCCUCCGGCUCCUCCCGCAAGGUCGUCCGACAGCAACCGCCACGUGGUCGCCCUCACCUCCACCACCCUCGGGUCCCUCGCCUGACUCCGCCCGGCGAACCGCGCCACCUCCUCCUCCUCCGACGUCGACGACGAAGUGAUGAUGAAAACAACCAACGACAUCAAAAACUGGUCGCAGUUCAUCGAGGCCCGAAUCCCCAAAACCCUCACCGAGCCCGAAACGAUCAACACCUGGGAGCUCAUGGAAGGCCUCGAAGAGGCCGAGGCCCAAUUCAGCCGCCGGUCAUCCGCCGCCAUCGAAAGAUCCUCGUCCUUCGACAAUGCAGCACCAUCGCCCAAACCCCAGUGGCUUGAAUCAACCCCCGACGAGCCAAUCGUCUCCGAUUUCGACCCCGAAAUCCUCUCAAAUUUCAGAAAAGCCCUCAGCGAGCUCUCUCCUCAGCAUCAAACCCUGCUCAAAUCCCCCGAACCCAUAAAGAAACCAUCUUCCAUCGUCAAAGAGAGAAUCACAGAGUUCCAGCAGAGAAUCGACGCUAAAAAGGGCAAAAAAUCUCCUCCCAAUUCCGAAAAGAGGGUGGUAAUUUACUUCACCAGCCUCCGAGGAGUUCGAAAGACCUAUGAAGAUUGCUGGGCGGUGAAGGUUAUAUUACAGGGGUACGGAGUUAAGGUCGAUGAGCGAGAUGUCUCGAUGCAUGGAGGAUUCAAGGAUGAACUGAAUGAGGUACUGGGGUCUGGAUUCGGGGGGUGUCGCCUCCCCAGGGUUUUCGCCAACGGGAGGUAUUUGGGAGGGGCCGAGGAAGUGAAGGCAAGGCAUGAGGCAGGGGAGUUAAUUAGAGAGUUGGAGGAUUGCGAGUCGAUCGGAAAAGGAGGAGGAGGCGGAGGUUGCGAGGGCUGCGGCGGGGUCCGGUUUGUUCCUUGCGAAACGUGCUCAGGGAGUUGUAAGGUGUUCGUCGAGGAGGAGGAGGAGGAGGAGGAGGAGGAGGAGGUUGGUGGUGGUUUCCGGCGAUGUCCUGACUGUAAUGAGAAUGGGCUUGUAAGGUGCUCGUAUUGUUUGUGAUAUACCAAGAAUUUUGCUUGUUUUGAUAUGAAGGUUGUUGUAUAGGGGAAGAGGGUGAUAAUUUAUAAACUCUCAUUUUAAUUUGAGGUUUUUUGUUUUGAAUUUUUUGGUCUUGGGAUUGGAAUUGGGAUUGUUGAGUUGUAGGGGAGCGUGAGAUUAUGUUCUUAGUGUAAUAAUGAUGAAAUUAUAGUAACGACACUUUGAAACUUUUUAAGGA